UCCGUCGCUCUUGGCUGCGAUGGGUCAGGGUGCUUCGGCGCUUCUGAUAGGCUAGGCCCACUACAUCCCAGGGUGCUUUGCGCCCCCGCUUCCUUUCUGAUCGGCCGUUCCGCUUUGAGGAGGGCCAUAGGCAGCCAUGGCGCCCAGCCGGAAUGGCAUGAUCUUGAAGCCUCACUUCCACAAGGACUGGCAGCGGCGUGUGGCCACGUGGUUCAACCAGCCAGCGCGGAAGAUCCGCAGGCGCAAGGCCCGACAAGCCAAAGCACGCCGCAUCGCUCCUCGCCCUGCAUCCGGACCUAUCCGGCCCAUAGUUCGGUGUCCCACAGUCCGUUAUCACACCAAAGUCCGAGCUGGCAGGGGUUUCAGUUUGGAAGAGCUGAGGGUGGCUGGCAUCCACAAAAAGGUGGCCCGGACCAUUGGGAUCUCCGUGGACCCGCGGAGGCGGAAUAAGUCCACCGAGUCCCUUCAAGCCAACGUGCAGCGGCUGAAGGAGUACCGCUCCAAGCUCAUCCUCUUCCCCCGGAAGCCCUCCGCCCCCAAGAAGGGAGACAGCUCUGCUGAGGAACUCAAACUGGCCACUCAGCUGACUGGACCGGUGAUGCCCAUACGAAAUGUCUACAAGAAGGAGAAAGCCCGGGCCAUCACACAGGAAGAGAAAGACUUCAAGGCAUUUGCCAGUCUCCGCAUGGCCCGCGCCAACGCCCGGCUCUUUGGGAUCCGUGCAAAGAGGGCCAAGGAGGCUGCAGAGCAGGAUGUGGAGAAGAAAAAGUAAACCUCUGUCAGAGACCUUUAAUAAAAGCAGUGAAACACG